AUGCCGGGCAUCUACUUUACCUUAUCUGCUGCGGUUCUCGCGGGCUUUGCGAGCGUGGCUCAAGCCCAGACCAACAUUACAACUAAUGCUUGUGCGGACGGGUCAAGCUACUCCUCCUGCAAUCGCAAUGUCGGCGACAAAUGGAGCUCUUGUGUCCGCGACUGCGGCGGUGAUGGUAACUGCAUUGUCGACUGCGGUUGUACCGCACACCAGCAGUAUAUCAACUGUAUGGCUGAGUCCUGCUGGAACCAAGUCUACUCUUGCGAGUACCAACUCUUCGUGCAACAGUACUUCGCAGUCUGCCCUAGCGCAGUCGAACCGAUCCCCUUCUGGCCUGCACCGGACAACGCGCCGAACCGAUGCUCUUGCGAUUUGGGCAAAGUGCUCCAAAACACUCUCACAGCACGCAAGGAGCAGAUGACUUGCAUGAAGAACGUCACCGACCAAACAAUUAGCGAAGCAAACAAUGGCAACCUUGCAAACCUGGGCAACGGUCUCAACAUCGCGAAUCAAGCUACCGAAUGUGCAUGCUGCGGUGCCAGUGCCAGUUACUCUGCUGCCUGGGAAGUCUGUCCUGACACAGUCCCCACCCUUGCUGGCGCAGACCUUUGGGGUGUCUUCUUCCCCGACGACCUGUCUAACCUGUACAACUCGAUUCCCAACUGGGCCUGGAACUCCUGCGACUCGACACUGGACAACCUGCAAUGCCAGGACAUUGGCUUUACUGAAUCAUCUGAUAAAUUCUACAAGCCCGGUGACUUCCCCAAGAACGGAUCCUCAACUCUGCAUAAUGUUGCUGGCACUGUUACGGCUCCUCCAAGUGGCACUGUUCUCACCUGGUCUCAAUCCUCGACCAGCUGGACUGUCACUGCAACUGGAUACGAUGCCAAGGCUGUUGCUAGCCAAAGCGAAUACCGAGCAACUGCUACCGGCACUAACACUGACUUCCCCCAGCAGACGGGUGUGAACAAUGUUAAUGGUGCGGGUCAUGUGCGCCCUGUUGGCGGUGCUGUUGCUGCGCUUGGAUUCGUGGGUGUCUUGAUGGCGCUUUAG